UCCAUUCUUUCUUCUUCUUGUUGUGUUUGUAUAACAUUGUGAGAGAUGGAGAGGGAAAGAAGCAAGAUGGUUUGUUGGACCAUCUGGAUUUUGGUAGCUGGCUUUCUUUGCCAGGACUCGUUCAUUCCAGUAAUGUCCAUUAAUGGCUUUGAAGAUCAGGAAAACUUUUUCUUUCCGGCACCAGACCCCCACACAGGGACAGUCCCCUCAGGCUCACACGGUGGUUCACCUCCAACUCAUGAAACACCAUCACAUGGAAGCGGUGGUGGCUACCACCCAACUCCGACACCAUCACAUGGAAGCGGUGGUGGCUACCACCCAACACCGACACCAUCAACGCCUUCAGAUGGGGAUUGUGGAACUCCGCCGCAUGAACGUUCGACUCCAUCAAGACCGUCACCUUCACAUGGUGGAUAUAAUAAUUACCACUCCCCUCCAACCCCAGCCACCGUAAGCCCGCCAUCCACUCCCAUUAAUGAUCCACCAGGAACUCCACAUUUGAGCGGUACAUGCGACUUCUGGAGGAGCCACCCAACACUGAUAUGGGGCUUGUUGGGUUGGUGGGGCAAUGUCGGCAGCGCAUUCGGUGUGACCAGCACUCCCGGGUUCGGUUCAACCAUGAGCUUGCCUCAAUCACUCUCAAACACACGUAACGACGGAUUCGGGGCACUUUAUCGAGAAGGGACGGCUUCGUUUCUCAACUCCAUGGUGAAUAAAAGGUUCCCAUUCUCAACUAAGCAUGUUAGGGAGAGUUUCGUUGCAGCACUUAGUUCGAACAGUGCCGCAGCAGCUCAGGCUCAUCUCUUCAAGCUUGCCAAUGAAGGCAACCUCAAGCCAAGGGACUGAACAGCACCUUUGGCUUAGUUAUCAGUUCCUUGGGAGAGAUUUUAUCCGCUAGUUUUGCUACGAUUUUUGUUGUGGUUUGGAGUAUUUUCUGAUAUCUGUCAUGUUACUGCUUCCAUUUGGAUAGAUACAUUGUGGAGGAUUAAUUAAGAUUAAUUGUGUUUCUUCUGA